CCGGCAGUACUUCCGACUGCCCUACGUGUGUCUCGCUGCAGACUCUUUAGCAUCUUGUGACAGUUGUUGUUGUUUAUUUAGAUAAAUAAUCAUGUCUCUGGAAGUCGAAUCCGCAGACGUGAUCCGUCUGAUAAUGCAGUACCUGAAAGAAAACAAUCUGCAAAGGACUCUGGUCACGCUGCAGGAGGAGACCACAGUGUCUCUGAACACAGUGGACAGUAUCGAGAGCUUCGUGGCGGACAUUAACAGCGGCCACUGGGACACCGUCCUGCAAGCCAUCCAGUCCCUCAAGCUGCCAGACAAAACCCUGAUCGACCUUUACGAACAGGUGGUGCUGGAGCUGAUCGAGUUGAGAGAGUUGGGUGCAGCCCGUUCCCUCCUCAGGCAGACCGACCCCAUGAUCAUGCUGAAACAGACGCAGCCGGAGAGAUACAUUCACCUGGAGAACCUGCUGGCUCGCUCCUACUUCGAUCCCAGAGAGGCGUACCCAGACGGCAGCAGUAAGGAGAAGCGACGAGCGGCCAUCGCUCAGGCACUGGCGGGGGAGGUCAGCGUGGUGCCACCCUCUCGUCUCAUGGCUCUGCUCGGACAGUCUCUGAAAUGGCAGCAGCAUCAGGGUCUCCUCCCUCCUGGAAUGACCAUCGAUUUAUUCAGGGGUAAAGCCGCCGUCAAAGAUGUGGAAGAGGAGCGCUUCCCCACGCAGCUCAGCAGACACAUCAAGUUUGGACAGAAAUCCCACGUAGAGUGUUCCCGCUUCUCUCCUGACGGUCAGUAUCUGGUCACCGGCUCUGUGGACGGCUUCAUCGAGGUUUGGAACUUCACAACAGGCAAAAUCAGAAAGGAUCUUAAGUACCAGGCUCAGGAUAACUUCAUGAUGAUGGACGAUGCAGUGUUGUGUAUGGGCUUCAGUCGAGACACGGAGAUGUUGGCCACCGGCGCUCAGGAUGGAAAGAUCAAGGUGUGGAAGAUCCAGAGCGGUCAGUGUCUGAGGAGGUUUGAACGUGCUCACAGUAAAGGAGUAACAUGCAUCAGCUUCUGUAAGGACAGCAGCCAGCUCCUCAGCGCCUCCUUCGACCAGAUAAUCAGAAUUCACGGAUUGAAGUCGGGUAAAACUCUGAAGGAGUUUCGAGGUCACUCCUCGUUCGUCAACGAGGCCACCUUCACUCCAGACGGUCACCACAUCGUCAGCGCCUCCUCUGACGGUACAGUGAAGAUGUGGAACGUGAAGACCACCGAGUGCAGCAGCACCUUCAAACCUCUGGGCACGUCGGCCGGCACGGACAUCACCGUCAACAACGUCAUCCUGCUGCCCAAAAACCCUGAGCACUUCGUAGUGUGUAACCGCUCCAACACCGUGGUCAUCAUGAACAUGCAGGGACAGAUCGUGAGGAGUUUCAGCUCCGGUAAAAGGGAAGGAGGUGACUUUGUGUGCUGCACUCUGUCUCCUCGCGGCGAGUGGAUCUACUGCGUGGGUGAAGACUUUGUGCUCUACUGCUUCAGCACCGUCACCGGCAAGCUGGAGCGAACGCUGACGGUCCACGAGAAAGACGUGAUCGGCAUCGCCCACCACCCGCACCAGAACCUGAUCUCCACCUACAGCGAGGAUGGUCUGCUGAAGCUCUGGAAGCCUUGAGGAGACGUUGACCCCCAAACUGAGACCGGACAUUCUCACUCUGCGGCUGCUCUCCUCACUUCAGACACUGCUCCGCCCGUUUUUUUUGUUUUGUCUUUUUUAUACUUUUUACAUCCUCGGGUGAAUCACUCCCAGGUCAACAUGGACUGAAAGCUCUGGAUGUCGACGACCCUCAGUGAUACUCAGUUUAACACGUUCAGCUGCAUGUUUCUAUUUCAAAAUGUGUACGAGUGAUUUAAGAUAUUUGUGUGUUUUUUUACCCUUUGAACCACACAGCUGAAUAUUAGUAGUUGAUGUCAGAUUUGGGUUUUUUUUUUGGACGUGUUUUGCACAGUAGAGCCUUAUUUUCCUGAAUCUGUGAGUCUUCAGAAACAAUGUACAGGUUGUCCAGCUAAUAAAUAAUUGAAUAUGUGUCUUAAAAAGCAUCAUUUACUUUGUUUUAAUGCUAUUUAUGAAUUUGUAAGAGUCAGUGUCAUGUUGAUCAAGAGGUAGGUUGUCAUCAAACUAUUACAAGUCGCAGUUUAAAUAAAUAAGGCUCUGCUGUUAAACACCUGAGCUUACUUUUUGUUUUGUUUUCGGAGGCUUUUUGCUCAGAGGUGUCGGACGUGAGGAGUGUAGAUACUAGACUCAAUUCUUAUUUUUAAAAUUCCAAUUUUUCUUUGUAAAUAUGUUUUUUAAUAGCAUUUUUGAUUUUUUUUUUUUUUUCCAAAGAAGACCUGGUUAAAUAGUUGUUUUUGUGUUUGUCUUUUUUUUCAAGUCAUGGCAAGAAGUGAAGGGUCCCACCACAAAAAGCUUCAAAUAUAUAUAUUUUGUUUCCUAAAAUGAUUCAUAAACAGCGACUUUGUCAGCAGAUCUCUCUAAAUGACCUUUAACCUAUAUGUUUAAUAAGUCAUUUUACUGACAGGCAUUUUUCCUACAUUGAGUACAUGCAUUUGAAGGACUUACAUGUUUCCGGAUGUACAAAUGUCCCAUUAAUCCGUCAUCUGUGUCAUUAAAGUUAUUUA